ACAUUGCCUCGUCGCUUCUCUUCCAUUUACAUGGAGAAAAAUGGCGGACAGGAGCUGCGGAGGCUGCAUCCGUUGAGCUGCUGGCAGUUUAAACACAACAGAAGGACACACAGUCACCGUGGAGGGGACCGGCGUGUAGGGAGGGCACUGCCGUAUGAGCAGGGCAAGGUUUUAUCUCCGAACUGGCAGAAAACUUCGUCUGUUUUCCCCCUCUCGAAACGAGAGGCUAUAGCUGAGCGAGGAGCCACGAAAACAAGUCGGACAUGAACGGGGAGAUUGUAUGCAGUAGCCGUUCAGUCACUGUCUUAACCUCCAAUAAGUCCGUUUCACCACUUCACGAUGAAAAGACGAUCAAGCUGACACAGGAGGGAAGGUGCUCUCCAAAAUGCUGCCAGCAAAUUGAUGCUCCGAGGCAGAGCGAGGACUGGAGAAUCAAGAACAAGCCAAUGGACUCAAAGCCUGAUUUCACAGAGAUGGAGAGCUACACCCAGUUUUCACCCUGCUGGUCAGAUGAACAGCUGUUGCCUCCGCAGCUCCACUGCACUCAGACCUGCCUUCGUUCCUCUACCGAACUCCCCCUGCCUCUCAGCAACGGCUUAUCUCACACUCCCUUCCACGCCAACAACAGCAGCGCUCUCCACGGCCACCAGAGGAGAGCAGUCCGCCUCAAGGUCAAAGGGAAGAAAUCCACACUAAGAAUCGCAGGGGGGAAAAACUCCCAAAACCGAAAAGUUACGGACUACUAUCCGAUAAGACGAAGCUCAAGAAAAAGUAUAACAGAGCUUAAGUGUGAAGAAAAGAAGCUCAUAGACGAUCUCAUCACAAAGGGAAUAGAGGAAGGAAUGGAGGUGCAGCAUAUAGAAGGAAAGGGGAGAGCAGUGUUUGCCACUCGGUGUUUCCAGAAAGGCGAGUAUGUGGUGGAGUACCACGGAGACCUGCUGCAGAUCACUGAUGCCAAAAAGAGGGAGGCCGAAUACGCUCAAAACCCUGCCACUGGCUGCUACAUGUACUACUUCCAGUAUCUCUGCAAAACCUACUGUGUGGACGCCACAAAAGAGUCUGGUCGAAUGGGUAGGUUGAUAAAUCACAGUAAAAAUGGAAACUGCCAAACCAAACUCCACGACAUCAACGGUGUCCCUCACCUCAUCCUCGUUGCCUCUCGAGACAUUGACGAGGGUGAGGAGUUGCUGUAUGACUAUGGAGACCGCAGCAAAGCCUCCAUCGCAGCUCACCCGUGGCUCAAAUAUUGAUCGAGGGGUCCUCAAAAAAAAAAAAAAAAAAAAAAAAAAAAAAGAAAAGGGAAACGUACAGUAACACUUGUGUUUCUCAUUAGCUAGUGUACAAAAUGCCUUAGAAACAGAAUGUGUACCCUUUUUGUUCCAAUAUUGAGGAAAUGGGAUGGGGGUUAUGUGUUCAGGUGGGGUUUUGGGGUCCGUCUGCCUUGUCAGAUGACAUCCGUACUUUUUAUUUAUGUGUAUAUGAAAUGGUUGUUUUGCAGCACAUUUAUUUUGUACAUUUUGUAUUACCUAUAGACCAGUGCUUCUACAGCAUGCAGGUGGUAGUUAAUGCUCUGCAUUUUUAUACUGCUUUUUCUUAAUUAGUAGUUAGCAAUACUUAUAUUUAUGGCCCCAGAGCCCUUUUUGGAUCAGCAAGAACUACGAGAUGCAAAUUACAAACCCUUUUUAAAAAAAAAAAAAAAAAAAAUUCUGUUCAAGUGGAAUUUGAUUUCAGCCAUCAAAACUCACACAAUCUACCAUCGUUUAGUGGAAGUGUAAUAGUUUACCAAACUCAUGGUAAGUUGGCAUUUUUGUGUCUUGAUUGCAAAAAUGCAUGAUUUAACACUGGAGUAUUUGACUUUUUGAAGUGUAAAAUAACGUAGUGUUGAACAUACAGACUUAACGGAUUACAUAGGAAUACAGAAAUUGGUCAAAUUAAUAAUUUUUCCUCUGUUUUCAUUUUUUUUUUUUUUUUAGUUUUUAGCCUAUAUUGUAUUUUUUAAUAUUUAAGAUACAUUUGAAUCAUGUAGUAAAUGUUCAAAUAAUUCAAAAGUUUUCUGCAAAUACCUACAGUAUGUUCUGUUAUGUCUGUUUAAAUACAAAUUAAAUACAAUAUAUGAAAGUUUGGUAGGUUAAUAUCUAAUAAUAUAAUAUAAAUAGACUCGAGAAUUAGAAGACAGUUUCAGUUUUUCCAUAACCUCGACUGGCUCACAUGAUUAUCUAGUCAGCUGUCAAGUCUCCCUUUUAAUUUCACUUAAAUAUAAAUUCUUCGACUCACGACACUGUCUAUAUUACUGCACUUUGUAAAUUUAUUUAUUGGCUUGCUGUUGCAAAUCCAAGGGUGGUUUAUGGGAAUAGUUUUCACUUUCUUACAAAGACUUAGAUGAGAAGAUUGAUUUCACUCUCGUCUCUACGUUGAAUAUCAAAGCUAAUCAGAGCCUUCAACCUGCCAAAUCGUC